AUGUACAGUACAGUAAUACUGAACGCAGAACUCAACUUUUCACUCAUCAAAAUGAAGGAAACAGGGACCAAGGAGGAGAUUACACAGCGUCUCAAAUCUGCGAUUUGGAUAACUGUGUCGAGGAUUGUGACAGAGCAGACGCGUAGCGUGCCUGUGGACAACUCCUUUGUUGAUGCGUUGACUGAGCUCGUGUUUGAGCAGGCAGUGACCCUGGGGGGAGAUCUGGAGUCGUUUGCCAAGCUCGACAACCGGGUGGUUAUCACCAUGAGGGACCUUGAUAUGGUAUUGAGACGAAAUGAGGGUCUGAAGGAGGCUGUUUAUGCGUUUCAAGGGUAG